AUGGAAGAUUUCGAAUUGGAACGCAAUAUUGGCUGCGGAAACUUUUCACAGAUAUGGCACGUGACCCUAAAAGCGCGCCCUCAAGAAUCGUAUGCGCUUAAGAUCGUCAACGUGCAAACGGUAAAGAGAAACGAUUUGGUCACAUUCGUGCAGCAAGAAAGAAAUGCCAUGCUCUCGCUCAAUAACCCAGGACACCCAAAUGUUAUUCGUAUGAUCGAUACCUUCAGAGAUAACGAAAACGUAUAUUUGUUGUACGAAUAUGCUAAAGGGGGAGAAUUGUGGGAAGAAAUCAAGAAUGUUGGCGUGCAAGAUAAAUAUAUAUCCCGCGUCCUGGUAGGACAGCUCUUGAGUGGCAUAGAGUACAUCCAUAAUCAUGGUAUCGUUCAUCGCGACUUGAAAUGUGAAAAUGUCGUAAUUGAUGGCGGGGUUCUAAAAAUUAUCGACUUUGGGACAUCGAAAUUUGUAGACGAGCUGAACGCAGAGGAGCAAAGUGGCGAGGCCUAUAACGAAUGUAUGGGCGUCAGAUCAGGAAGAGAUAUUAAGAACUAUGAAAUACACGGGAAUCAUGGAUCCAUUUCAUUACACAGGGCUACGAUGAUGAGGAGAAAAUUUAAGCACUACGUGGGAACACCGAAUUUCAUGCCCCCGGAGGCAAUAUCUAACAUCUCAUCAGGUUAUGCAGGGGAUUUAUGGGCAUUUGGUUGUACCAUAUAUCAGUUGUUGCUUGGUUUUAACUGCUUCAAUGGUUCGUCGAACUAUUUCAUCUACAAGAAGAUAAAAGAUAACCAAAUAGAAUUCCCUGAUAAUUUCGACCCUGACGCGAUGGACCUGAUCAAACAACUAUUAUGCACCAAUCCUCGGGAACGCUUAAGCCUGGCAAGGGUUAGGGAACAUAAGUUCUUUGCUGGGAUACGUGACUCCAUGCCCCAUGCCGUCCCCUUGGAAACAUUCAACACGCUAGACACAGCGUUACGGCGCGCAUGUUACAAAGUGCAAGAGUCUAUAUUUAAUCUGACCGUGAAACGUGAGAAUGCGACCAACGAUGACCAUAAUGAGAUCAAAGAAGCCAUCAGUUGGAUAGAACAACACAGCACGCCAGAAAUAUCCGAUGCUAUUAGAUUUAAUUACGUCCGUACAAAGGACCAACUGGCGUUGGAAAUUGAUGAAGCUAACCGUUACAUGGCAGAACAAUUGCCAAAUGAUUGCUAA